AUGUUACUUGCAUUGUUCCAGGCCGAUCGAACCUAUUUAUUAACCCAGGGACCCAAGGAGAAUUCGAUAGAAGACUUUUGGCGAAUGAUAUUUCAGGAGCAAUGUGCUGGCGUCAUAAUGUUAUGUAAUUAUUAUGAAGAUGGCAUGCAAAAAUGUGAAGAGUAUUUCCCUACCGAAGGCGGCGGUUACAAGUAUUACGGGAAGAUGUUUGUUAAUAACAAAAAAGUGGACCAUCUCGACCAACACGACAUCUAUACACUCGAAAUUCUGCCCGACGGCUGCUCAAACUCGAUUCUAACUCGAUUAGCCCAUUGUACAACGUGGCCCGACAAAGCCGUGCCAAGCAGUGGUCGAAUGGUCCUUCGUCUGUUGAAAUGGAUGCAAUCACUUGAUGCGAACGCUGCGGUAGCGAUUGUUAGUGGAGCCGGUGUUGGACGAGCAGGCACGUACAUCGCAAUAGAUCAAGUCUGUAACCGACUAUUCAAAGGAUUCGACGCAUCGGUUAAGGAAGUAGCGAUGGAAAUACGUAAACAACGUGCACAUGCCAUCUCAAACGAAUUGCAAUACUUUUUCAUUUACUCAACAGUACUCGACUACAUAAGGGUGAAUACCUUACUACAUCAAUAA